AUGGGCGUACCAACACUUUUGAGUCAUGUAGAGGUCAAUGAUCCUAUGGAGAUCGAUUCUAUUAUUGAUUCUAUCAACAAGGACCGUUCGGAAAACAAAUAUGCUUCGUCUCGUCCCCCGUCAUUGUCACAAAUCUUACCAAAGCUAGACUCGAUAUCGUUUGCUUCUCCCAAAGCAAAGGAAAUUCUAAGACCUCAAGGUUUGUUUAUCGUGGACACAAACUUUCUCUUAUCACAUCUUGUUUUAUGUCAAAAUCUCCUGGAAGUACUUUCUAGGCAGUUUCCCCAUAUAGUGAUCCUCCUUCCUUGGGUGGUGCUUCAAGAGCUAGACGGGUUGAAAUCAGAUACCAAAGCAUCGUGCGGUUACUUGGCUAGGCAAGCUCAUGAUUUUCUGUUACAAUGCUUUCGUGCCAGCCUUCCAAACUUGCGCGGUCAAAAGCUUCACGAAAGGUGCUCUGCAAGUGAGUCAGGAGAUAAUGCAGUAUUGGAUUGCUGUGUUUAUUUUCAGGACGAAAAAUUGACACCUGUCAAUCUAUUGUCAGACGAUAAAAAUCUUUGCAUCAAAGCAGCCGUACAUCACGUUUCAUCACAGAGUUACUCCAAAACCACAGAUCCGAUUUCUUUGGUUCGUGAAGCUUUUCCUUCAAUAGAUGUACCUGUUCAGUCCGCCGAGUUAGAGCAUCCCCGUAUGGAAAUUGAUACUUCUCUCGCCCCUACAACUCAGCAAAAAAGUCUUUCGUUUACUGAAAACCUUCAACCCAGUUUAGCUAUCGACAUGCCUAUGGAUGCAUCUCGUGACAAGUCAACUUGGGGAUCUCGGUACGCACACUUUUCAGCUGUGCAAAGUCAAACUCAAAAUUCACGUCCAAUGUCCCCUUCUCAAUAUGUUCCCUAUACUUACACAUUGCUAACCAAGGAUCAAAUUCUACAUGCCUCUCAUCCCCGGGCUAGCAAACUAAUCGACCAAAUUACAAAAGUUUUAGUGGAAGAAACAGCUUUCUUAUUGUCGAUGAACUUGACAAAUCUAUGGGGAGAUUAUCGUCUGGCUAUGAAAAAGUUACUAGCCUCUUCAAGUUUCCCGCCAGAAAGCAUUCAUGAUGUUGCUAAUGAACUCUAUAUUCAUUGGUAUACUUGCUUUGAUGGAUACGUGCCAUCAGGUGACCGAAAAUUCUUAAAAGCAAAAGCAUCCAAGUGGGACGAAUGGUUUAUGUGGGCAGAAACUGGUUUAGGGAUCGGGCCCAGAUGCCAAGAAGAGUUCACAGAAACCAUUUUGUAUUGGUCGAACCUUUGGUCCAUCAUGAGUCGCAAGGAAGUUCUAGAGGAUAAAGCUACCGAAUACGUUGUUUUUAGGGAAGAAAAUAUAGAAAAAUGGGUUCAACGGUCUAUGCGUUCAGCAAUUUUAUCAUAA